AGCGCUGCCCGGGUGGCAGAUCGCUCCUUUGGGGAUCUGCGGGGCGCCCACUCUCGCCUCUCCUUUCGUCGCGGCCCGCAGCGAGAGCUGCAAACGCGGGAAUAAUGUGGAACGUGUGGAUGGUGCUUGCCUUCGCCUUGUCGGCCUGCGUCUCGGGCGAGACGAGAGCAGAUCUGACCUCUGAUAAAGACUUAUACCUUGACAACAGCUCUAUUGAGGAAGCAUCGGGAAUCUACCCAUUUGAUGAUGAUGAUUAUAUUUCUGGAUCAGGCUCUGGAGAUGAAGAAGAAGAGGAAGAAGAAAACCCAAUAGUGAUGACCACUAGAAUGCUUCCAAAGUUGCUGCCAACAAGUGAUGCUCCUACGAUUGAGAAAACUACACCAAAAAUAAAGACCAAGGUACCUACACAAACAAAGUCACCUGAGGAGAUUGAUAAAAAGAUACUUAAGCCUGAUGCAGAAAACAGAAAUGCUCAGAAUGAGCCAAUUGAAGAUACUGAUGUAUUUACUCGGAAACAUUCAGAGAACCUUUUUCAGAGAACAGAGGUUCUGGCAGCCGUUAUUGCUGGUGGAAUCAUUGGCUUUCUAUUUGCAAUCUUCCUUAUCCUGCUUUUGGUGUACCGCAUGAGAAAGAAGGACGAAGGGAGUUAUGACCUCGGGGAGCGUAAACCCUCCAGCGCUGCCUACCAGAAGGCACCCACUAAAGAGUUUUAUGCAUAAAACUCUAAACGUAGUGUCUCUAUUUCAGAGAUCACUGAACUUUUUAAAUAAAGCUUUUUUUUUUUGCCUAGAAUAAUGAAGAACUUUUUUUUCCAUUAAAGAGCCUUUAUGGCACCUUUAUGAUAAAAAAGAGAGAUCCCAUUGUAUUUAAAACUUUCAUGUAUUCCUUUUAAAAAAUGUAAAAUAAAAUCUUAACAUUUUGCAGUAUUCUGUGAAUAGCAGUGGCAACAUAUGAUUUUAUAUAGCCGUUGAUGUUCACCGAAUUAUUUACAAAAAAUUAUGCAUAAGUGGAAAUGAUUGUUUUAUCUGAUGGUUCAAUGGAAGUUGUUUAAUUUUGUCAGCAUGUCUGAUGAUUCUCACAAGUUAGUUUUUAUUUCAUUAAUUUAUCUGUUCUCCAAAAUUAAAAAUAAAAUGCCUUUUUGUAGUUGUCCUAGUGCAAUUUGUGUUCAUAUAAUUCAAAUAAUGGUAACUCUUAGUGUAAAUGUAUUUUUUCAGCUAUGUAAACCUUAACCUCCAUUUUGUAUAAAUUUUACUGUCAGAAACUACAUUUUACCCCUGUUUUUUUCAGUGGUUUGUGUAGCUUGAUUGAAAUUUAAAGUGUAAAAUUGGACUACUACUGCAAACUAUAUAAUUACUUCCCUUUACAAAACAAAUCUUUAUAGGAGAUAUUUUCAGUAAGCUACUGACAAGCCUACAUAAACCCAAAGACUCUUAACAGUAUUGCAAGGGGUUGCUGCAAAAUUUCUUUGGCCACUUGUUUUUUUUUAUUUUAUUAAUUGCAAUUUGAAGGUACGAGAUAAAAUUCAAAAUGAAUCUGAAUCCUUUGUUCCUUUUUUUAAGCAUUUAAAGUAAAUGUCUUUUAAAGCCUUUGAAGUGCCUAUGAUUCUAUGUAACUUGUUGCAGACUGGUGUUAAUGAAUAUAUAACAUUAAAACAAAGAAAUGUUGAUAUUUUAUAAGCACAGACAAUUCUAAUGGUAACUUUUGUAGUCUUAAAUGGAUAGACAUAAAUUGUAAUUUGGAAGCAUAAACACUACUGAAUAAAUCAUGUGGCCUAAUACUGAAA